AUGGCUGGACCAGAUCAAAUUCAUGAUACGACGUUACCAAUAAAAGAUCGUAUGGAGGCAUUAAUUCGCCUAAAGCAACAAGAAAUAACUCAAGCAAUAGCAAAUCUUGAUACUGUUGGAUUUCAUACGGAUUCAUGGGUAAGAGGAGAUAAAGGAGGUGGAGGUCAAUCAAUGGUUUUACAAAAUGGUACUACUUUUGAAAAAGGUGGUGUUAAUAUUUCAGUAGUUCAUGGAAAAUUACCUCCACAAGCAAUUGCAAGAAUGAAAGCCGAUCAUUCUAAUUUAAAAGGUAGUGAUAAAGAUGGAAGUAUUGAUUUUUUUGCUUGUGGUUUAUCAUUAGUCAUUCAUCCUCAUAAUCCACAUGCUCCUACAACUCAUGCUAAUUAUAGAUAUUUUGAAACCACUGAUCCUGAUACAGGUGAUGUACAAACUUGGUGGUUUGGUGGAGGUGCUGAUUUAACUCCAUCUUAUUUGUAUGAAGAAGAUGUUAAGAAUUUCCAUCAGAAACAUAAAGAUGCUUUAGAUAAAUAUGAUACUUCAUUAUAUCCCAAAUUCAAGAAAUGGUGUGAUGAAUACUUUUAUAUAAAACAUAGAGGAGAAACUCGUGGAGUUGGUGGAAUAUUUUUUGAUGAUUUUGAUUCAAAACCAGCAGAUGAAAUAUUACAUAUAGUUGAAAGUUGUUUUGAUGCAUUCAUUCCUUCCUAUAUCCCAUUAAUUGAAAAACGAAAAAAUACACCUUUCACUCCAGAGCAAAAAAAUUGGCAACAAAUAAGAAGAGGAAGAUAUGUUGAAUUUAAUUUAGUUUUGGAUAGAGGUACUCAAUUUGGUUUACAAACUCCUGGAUCAAGAGUUGAAAGUAUUUUGAUGUCGUUACCUGCAACAGCUUCUUGGGUUUAUGAUCAUCAUCCUGAACCUGGAUCAGAGGAGGAUAAAUUAUUACAGGCUACGAAGACGCCUGUUGACUGGGUUUAA